GCAGCCGCCUGUCCCGGCCCACGCUGGGGCCCUGCGAGCAGGUAAACUCCAGGUGCCCUUUCGGGGCCGAGGCAGAACCAGGAAGGGGGAAGCGGAUGCCCCUCCGGCCCGCCCUCCAGGCUGGGGCCUGCCUGCCUGCCUGGGAAAAUAAAAGACAAAGAGAUGAGAAGAGAAGAUCUCAAGGACGUCGAUCAUUAUUAUGAAGAUGCUAAAGAUGAGAAGCUGUCUGGCUCUGCUGAGUUAGCGAAAGGUGGUACCGGGUUUCUUGCGCAGUGCUGUGUUGCAACCCUUGUACGGAUUCCCACUUCAUUUCUGGUGUAGGAGCUGAAGGUGCUGAUUUCAUAUCUGCUGUUACUACUCGUGGAAGGCAUUUAUUCCAACCAGGGGCUUAGAGAAGAACUUUUGUCAUGAUCCAAGAAAUGUCUGCAAAAUAUGGCUCUGAAAGAGAAAGCUAGGAAUGAAUUUUCCAGGAUGUCAUUUCGAGACACGCCUGCCGAUAUAAAAGAAUUCUUGGAUGGUAUCAACUUGGGGCGGUACUUUGCUCAUUUUCAAGCAUUUGGGUAUAAUACGUGGCAAGAUUGCACAGGAUUCAACGACAGCAUGCUGCAGCAAAUAGGAAUAUCUCCUACCGGGCACCGGAGAAGAAUCCUCAAGCAGUUGCAAGUCCUGUUUUCCAAAAUGCGGGGGAAACCCGCAGAUGUGGAGAGUCACAGUUCUGACCCUCAUGUUCUAAAUGUGAACGAGGGUGAAAUAAGGGCCAGGAUGCCCAGUGAACAGACAAGUACAGUCUGUGGCAAUGAUUGCAUCUGUGAAAUAAAUCAGGAGCUUGCAGACAGUGAGUCACAGGAACUCAAAGGCAUCCUGUCAGAUUCAUCCUGUCAGACCUCAGACUGCUCAACAGACGCUUCUGUUGUUACGGAAAAUGCAUUGGAAGGAGCGAUGCCCGAAAUGGUGCCUUGUAUCGGCAAACCUCUAGAAAAAGGACAAACGGAACCUGCUAGCGCGCAACCAGAAGAUACACCCAAAGAAAAUUCUCUUCCAGAUGGUUUCGACUCCUCUGAGAUGAAGUCUGGUGAGGAGGAGCCGCUGAUGGAGUCAGGACCGGAAAAUUCGCCCGGUGGUUCACCGGACUCCCAAUUCGUUGAGUUUAAAGGCAAAAUGGUGGAGAAUGACCUGUAUGGCCCUCGUACACAGAAUCUUAUGAAAGCAGCUCCUCGGACAACACGGUCUUUCAUGCUCAGGCAUCGCCCUGUUCCACAAGUACCCGACUCUUCCAAAGCUGCUGCCGCACCAAGCUCGCUGCAAGAAAGAAGAAACCUCAACGGCUUAAAUAUUUCUUGUUCUGAGAGUCUUCUUUCAGAAAUGGGGGAUUCUACUGAGGAAAAACCACCUCCCAUAUCUCCAUAUGGUGAAACCUUUCUUUUUAACUCCACAGAAGACGCUGUAAGUUGUUGUUCGCUAGCAAAAUGCCAGUUGCCCACGGUAGUGGGCAUGUGGAGAGGGAAACGAGGCUUCACACAAAAUGCGGAAAUCUGUGGCAGCGAACGUUUAAGCCUCCAAGACAAGGACAGAGAUGACAGAAGCGCCGAAAAGAAUACCCCUCCUAGCAAAACAUGCACUCCUGUUCUUAAUAAUCAAACAUGGAAAAUGAAUGAAGAAACAGCAGACAGCAAACUGGCACCUAUCGAGGAUAAGUAUGCACUGCCAAACAGAUUUGUAGGCGAACCACAGUAUUCUAUGGUCAAAAAAUGUGCUCGGUAUACAAGAAGGGGAAAAUACAAACCAUACAAAAACAGCAACAAAGAAUUAAAAUCUGGGAAUCUGGACUUCCCUGCUCCUCUGCACAUUUCCUCUAUUAAACGUGGUAUUAUCAGCGUGUCUGGCGGUAGCCCAGUUCCUAGAGCCAGAGACUCAAUCAGUCCCUAUGCCUGUUUUUAUGGAUCAACGCUGAAGAAGGUUAAAGAAGGCUGGCUGGACAAGCUGUCACCUCAGGGAAAACACAUGUUUCAGAAGCGGUGGGUCAAGUUUGAUGGCGACAACAUUUCUUAUUACAACAAUGAGAAGGAAGUGUACUCUAAAGGAAUAAUCCUCCUGUCUGCUGUGUCUGCAAUCAGAGUCCACGGGGACAUCAAGUUUGAACUUGUUACAGCACAGAGGAUAUUUGUGUUUCGGGCUGAGAAAGAAGAUGAAAGAAAUGACUGGAUGCAGACAAUACUUGGUGCCUUGCGGUUGCAACCUGAAAUUUCUGGCAUACGAAACACCAUCGUUCCUUCCGAGAAGAGUGGGUAUCUGGAACUGAAGGGCUACAAAGCCAAAAUCUUUACCUUGCUUCAAGGAAACCACGUGUGGAUUUGCAAAAGUGAACAGGAUUUUAAAACUGGUUAUGGCAUCACUGUAAUCCCCAUGAACGUGGCUAAUGUGAAACAGGUAGAUCGUACAGCAAAGCAGUCUUUUGAAAUAAUCACACCUUACAGAAGCUUUAGUUUUACGGCGGAGUCCGAGAAAGAAAAGCAGGAGUGGAUUGAAGUGCUGCAAGAAUCCAUCGCAGAAACUCUCUCUGACUAUGAAGUAGCGGAGAAGAUCUGGUUCAAUGAUUCAAACAGGACCUGUGCAGAUUGUAAAGCUCCUGAUCCUGACUGGGCAUCCGUCAAUCUCUGUGUCAUCAUUUGUAAGAAAUGCGCAGGCCAGCACAGAUCAUUGGGGCCCAGAGAUUCAAAAGUCCGAAGCCUCAAAAUGGAUGCCAGUGUUUGGAGCAAUGAGCUCAUUGAGCUUUUUAUUGUGCUAGGGAACAAAAGGGCAAACAGCUUUUGGGAAGGAAAUCUUCAGCCCGAUGAGGAACUGCCUAUGAAUGCCGCAACACAGAGGAGGCUUACUUUUAUUACCCAAAAGUAUAAAGAGGGGAAGUUCAGGAAAACUGCUCUGCUAUACAAAACCAAAGAAGAGCUAAAUAAGGCCCUGUGUGCUGCUGUAGUUAAGCAAGAUGUAUUGGAAACCAUGACGUUGCUGUUCAGCGGAGCCGAUGUGAUGUGCGCUACUGGCGAUCCUGUCUACAGUACGCCAUACUUGUUAGCCAAGAAAGCAGGACAAAGGCUGCAGAUGGAAUUCCUUCACCACAACAAGUUUUCAGAUUUCCCUAAUUAUGAUGCUCAGUCCAACAGUGUUUCCUUCCAAGAUACGUCGUCUACCUUUCUUUGCGAAUAUUUGUACAAACUUUCGUUCAAUGCAGCAAAACUCUUGACGGAGAGAAAAUUAAAAGAAGAGUGUAAUAAAAGGUGGUGUGCUCUGGAAAGUGGCUUUUUGAGCUAUUAUGAAAAUGAUAAGACUGCAUCCCCGAAUGGGAUGAUUGACAUCAGUGAAGUCAUCUGUCUGGUCGUUCAUAAGGCAGACUCCUUUUUACAUGCAGGAGCUAUAUUUACCUUUGAAAUCUACUUACUGUCAGAACGUGUUUUUCUGUUUGGUGCUGAAGCUGCACAUUCUCAAAGAAAAUGGACCCAGGCGAUUGCCAAGCACUUCGUGCCCGACAUGGCCAAAUGUCUGCUGGACUGGGACUAUGAUGUUAUUGGCCAGCUGUAUUACAAAGACUGUCAUAACCUUGACAACUGGAAAAAAGGCUGGUUUGCAAUAGAGAAGUCUAACCUGCAUUUUUGUUUAGAACUGGAAGAUGCUCAAGAGGAAUUAAUACAUCUAAGGAGGCUCCAGGAGUUAACCAUCAGCAGCAUUAUCCAAAAUGGGGAAAAAAUAGAUGUUCUCCUUCUGGUCGAGAAAGGGAGAACGUUAUACAUCCAUGGACACACCAAGUUGGAUUUCACAGUCUGGCACAGCGCAAUUGAAAAAGCAGCAGGUACAGAUGGCAACAUUUUAGAAGAUCAGCAGCUCAGCAAAAACGACGUCCCCAUUAUAGUGAACAGCUGUAUUGCAUUUGUUACGCAGUAUGGCUUGGGUAGUAAGCAUAUCUACCUGAACAGUGGGGAUCCCUCUCACGUAAGCACCCUUCUGGAGUGUUUCAAAAAGGAUGCAAGAAGCGUGAAGCUGAGGGCCGGGACAAAUCGACUGGAAGAUGUUACGGAGGCACUGAAAUGUUUUCUGUCUGAAAUCGAUGAUGCCCUCCUUACCAAACAGCUUUAUCCAUUCUGGAUCUCUGUGCUAGAUACAGUGGAUGAGAAAGUGCGAGUGAGAAAAUACAGCACUUUUAUCCGAACGCUUCCCUCAGUCAAUAGGGCAACGUUGGCAGCUUUAAUAGAACACCUUUACAGGGUACAGAAGUGUUCCGAGAUCAAUCACAUGGACCCUCACAAUCUCGCCAUGGCGUUUUCCUCAUGCCUUUUUCAGACUAAAGGGCAGACCAGCGAAGAAGUCAAUGUAAUUGAAGACCUAAUUAUAAACUAUGUGCAUCUCUUUGAUGUUCAUGAAGACCAAGUGAAGCAAAUGGAUAUUGAAAACAGUUUCAUUACAAAGUGGAAGGAUACUCAAGUUUCACAGGCUGGAGACAUGCUAGUUGAGGUGUAUGUGGAAAGAAAGGAACCAGACUGCAGUGCUAUAAUAAAGGUAUCACCAAUGAUGGAGGCUGGAGAGCUGACUAGUGACAUAUUGGGAAUUAAGAACAUAACGCCCCACCAGGACGACAAGUGGGCUGCAUUUGAAGUGAUUGAAAACGGAGAGCUGGAACGCCCUCUGCAUUAUACUGAAAAUGUGUUGGAACAAAUUCUUCAUUGGAGCUCUUUGCCCAACCCCAGAAGUGCAUGUCUAAUAAUCAAGAAAUUUCUGUCAGCAGAUACAAGGAUACUGUAUAAUGAGAAGAAUACCGAAGGCAGCAUUAAAGCCAGUUAUCUGAAAUACAAAGAAGAGCCAUCCAAAUUACUUUCGGGGAAUAAGUUUCAAGAGCGCUACUUUGUUUUGCGGGAAGGAAAUCUUUUCCUGUACAAGGAUAUGAAGAGCACCAAGCCUGAGAAAGAAUUGCCAGUUAAAUCACUGAAGCUGUAUCUUGGAGUGAAGAAGAAAGUGAAGCCACCAACAAAUUGGGGUCUAACACUGUCUUCCGAGAAGAACCACUGGUAUUUAUGCUGCGAUGGCCGGGAUUCUCAACUGGAAUGGUUGAGCAGCCUUUUUAUUGCGCAGCACAGUAGUAUUUGGCCCCCACAUGGGAAAAUAAGAAAACAGUCUACGAGAAAGAAUCCCAGAAUUGGUGGCUUGUCCUUAAUACCUAUCCAGCAUGAGAGAAGUCCUCCAAAAACUAAGGUUAAUAAUUUGGAGAAUUCAAAACUGGACGCUGAAGGUGAGUUAGCGGAAGACAAGAAGGGUGUGAAACAUAGGGUGCCGCUGAUCACACACUGUCUGGAGCGCAAGGAGGAAAAAGCUCAGAGCUGUGAGAGAAAACACCGAAGCAUGAUCUCUUUGGAGGGGACAGGAGAGGACAUUGCGCAUUUGCACCAAGACCCCCACAUGGAAUCCCAGUCCCCAAAGCCAAAUGAGAACAAAGGUGACCAGAUGCCUCUGGAUUCCGAUAAGCAGCUUCUAGCAAAUGUUAUCCAAGAACUCAACACCAUCCUGCAGAAGCACAAAUCUUCCCACAAAGAAACUUAGCAGCAGGACUUCACACUUGACCAUCUACAUAAAUGAAAUACGUAUUUUCCGACUGUACAGUGUAAAGUCUGUCCAAUCUAUUUAUAUGUAAAUCUCGAUGUAAAAGAAAUGUGGAUGCUGCCAACUGUUGGGCCUUCCUGUGUUUGUACGCUGCUGCCAUACCACUUCCUGUCUGUGCUGCAUCUGUGGCCAAUUUCUUGAGCCCGAAAAGGGCUUCCCAUCCAAACCUACUUGGGGCUGGACCCUUUAUCUCAGCCAUGGAGAUUCCUGGUAUUAGCAGGAAACACGAUUAUCUGUCACUGGCACAUUGGUCAUGAGAAUUGUGGAACUACCCCAACUCACCAGAAAAUGUUCAAGCUCUGGGAAGUCAGAAAUACAGCUUGGCAAUGCAAGGAACUGGGCCAAUCUAAAAAGCAUAUAAAAUAUCUUCUGUUCAUACAACUACCCUGGCAACAGAAAUCCUGAAUCACACCAAACUCUGAACAGGACCAUGUUCAAACACAAUGUAGACUUGAAAUUAGAGCAUUUUUGGCAAAGGUUCUUUAUAUCACCCUCAUAAUUGUAGUAUCUUGAGUCACUGUAUGCCCCACAGUAUUAAAUUAAAAUGAUCUGGUCUGAGCAUGCAGCAGAACGAGAUGGCAAAAUCUUGUGGUUGAAGAAUAAAUGGGAAACUGCCAGGAACAAAUGGAUGUUAUUUUUCAGUUGUGCCUUGGGUAAUACCCAUGCCACAAGUUAAAUAUAACAACAGCAAGCAUUCUAGAGGAAAGGUUCUAGCCCAGCCAUCUACUACUUGCAGGGUUCUUGCUCUUUUAAAAUAUGGAGGACCAUUCAAAAGUGAGAUCCCUUGUCUACAGACUGAAGUAGUACAGUCCUCUCUACUGCCUCUUUCUGCUAUGUGCAAACACCAGCAUUUUGAUUAGAGUAUUUUAGCAACUUGAUCUGCAAUGUAACGAGUCACUGUAUUUUUUUUUGGAAGAUUUAUAUCUAUUUAUGCCUAAUUUGCUGCUGAUAAUAAAAUAAUAAAUAAUAAAUAAAACUUGGAAACUGUG